AUGAUCGCUAACUCUCCUUCUGAAGUGGUUAAAACUAGCCAUUCAGUUUCUCACUUUAAGAGGAGUGCAGUUGACAAGGGCUAUUACAAAGAUGACGCUAUUAAUGUCUUUUCUUCACCUUCAGACGAAUCUCCAUCACUUGACAUGUUUAUCUACAUGCGUGUUACUGCUUUGAGAAGUGUUAUCGCUCUUUUUGUUGAAUCAUUUCCAAACCAAACUGUUCAAUUUGUUAAUCUUGGAGCCGGCCUUGAUACUUUAUCUUUCUGGCUACUCAGUAAAUAUAAUAAUGUACUUUGUUUUGAUCUUGAUUUCGAUACCCACUUAAUAUACAAAGCUCAACUUUUGACUAAAUCUAAUGAAUUCUCAUUUCUAAACUAUAAAAUCAUUAAUGGAUUAGUACAUUCAGAUAAAUAUACCAUGGUACCCAUGAAUUUUGAGGAUUUGGAAUCUGUAUAUAAACUUGAGGAAAAAGGAUUAUCGAGAGAACUCCCAACUGUUUUUUUGUCAGAAUUCUGUCUGACCUAUGUUCAAAAUGAUGUUUCAGAUAAGGUGAUAAAGUUUUUGAGUUCAUUUUCUUCAAAACCUUCCGCUUACAUUUUUCUUGACUAUAUUGGGAGUUGGACUGCAUUUGGACGAUGGUACUCAAAACUCUUUGAAGAUUUUGGAGCCGAGUUCAAAUCAUUUAAAAAGUAUGAUACAAUAGAGAAACAUACUAAAAGAUAUAAAGAAUUGGGAUGGGAUCAUGUUAUGGUUAAUCCUAUGAGUUUUACAUAUAAUGAGCUCAUAGAUGAGGAGGAAAGGAUGAGACUUAAGAAACUAAGUAAGCUUGAAAAUUACGACUACUUUGGAGUUUUACCAAAUCAUACAGUAAUUGGAGUGGCAGUAACACAGAAAGAAAAACUCUCAAACUUGAUUCAAUUCUAUGAUAUGUCAAAUUAUAAAUCUAAAGAAACAUCAAAACUCAUACCAUAUGACUUAGGAUUUCGAAAUGAUGAGUUAGAUGUCGAAUAUUUCAAAAAAAUGCUUCAUUCAUUUGUUAUCUAA